AGCUCGCCAUUUUGAGAGUCCGUUGGACGCAGAAGGCGGAGGAACUUCUGGUUUCUAGACCAGAGUGGCCGGAUGGUGAAAUCCUCCCUCCAGCGGAUAUUAAAUAGCCAUUGUUUUGCCAGAGAAAAAGAAGGAAAUAAAAGAAGCUGCAACAUGCCUCUACUGAGUAUUGACAGUAAUAGUAGUGAAAGUUCCAGAGUUUCUUUCAGUUGCUGUAGUAACCUGGGUCCGGGGCCUCGGUGGUGUUCCGAUGUCCCUCACCCACCCCUGAAGAUCCCAGGUGGGCGAGGGAAUAGUCAAAGGGAUCACAAUCUUUCAGCUAAUUUAUUUUAUUCUGAUAAUAGGCUGAAUAUUACAGAGGAGAUAACGUCCAAUAACAGAACCAGAAUUCUCAAUGUCCAAUCGAAACUUACAGAUGGUAAACAAGUGAACUGGAGAGCAGUGUUAAACAACAACAACCUCUACAUAGAAAUCCCAAGUGGCACUCUCCCUGAUGGAAGCAAAGACAGUUUAGCGGUUGUGUUGGAAUAUUCAGAGGAGCAGCUUCAAGUGGAUCAUGUUUUCAUCUGCUUUCAUAAGAACAGAGAUGACAGAGCUGCACUUCUGCGAACCUUCAGCUUUUUGGGCUUUGAGAUUGUGAGACCUGGACAUCCCCUUGUCCCUAAGCGACCAGAUGCUUGCUUUAUGGCUUACACCUUUGAAAGAGAUUCUUCUGAUGAAGAUUAGACCACCCUGCGAUGUUUGCAUCUUUUUUUGAGCUUUUUUGUUUGUUUUCAUCUUUAAAGAUGAAUUGUGAGAAAUCUUGUCAACAUCUAUUCAAUUUGCCUGUAUUGUAUUACUUGUUUGUACCCUGCUGGGGCAGGGUAGCAGAGGGGAUGGGAUGUUGAAAAUUUUUUUUCUCCACCAGAUCUUUUCCAAAACCUUUGUCUGCAUGUACUGACUUUUUUGAAUAAAUGCUCACUCCAGAUUAUAGCUAUAUCAUUGGAGGUUUAAUGUGUUUUUGUGAUAUCAAAGUAUUUGCUUUAAUUCUAAAUAAAACAUUUUAUAUUUUA